AUGGCCAGUGCCUGCCCACAGCUCGUUACACAGUCAAGUGGCUUCUUUGCGCCGAGCUUUGGCGGCACCGAUCUCGGCAAAACGUUUUCAGAGCCUCGCACCCACGUCACUCUCGCUACCGAGUUGCGCAACUUCACCACUGUGCUGUACGUCCUUGGGGAGACCAACAGUCUCAGCAGCGGCGCACCGCUGGGCUCAGUAACGUCUUCGGAUCGGCCAUUAGAUAGCAUGUGGUCCCAUCCAUAG